AUGGGGUCCCCCGUCGUCACGAGGGCGGCGACGGCGACGCCAGCGUGGCGGGGCUCGGCACGCACAACGCCUCUGACCUCGCCGCAGCGGCAGCAUGGCAGUGGGGCGUCCCUCCCACGGCAGCAAAGCAGGCGGCCGCCGCCACAGCAAGACGCGCGGGAGGUGGCUGGGUCGCCUUCGCCGGCGUUGGAGGCCCGAGGCCGCGGGAGGGGGCUGCUGCUGCCGCCCGCCGCCGCGAUGAAGCCGCGAACGGCGACGGCCGCAGCCGCAGCAUCGUCGGUGUCAACGGCACUGGCGCCCGCGUCGUCGUCGUCGUCGUCGUCGACGGCGCAGCACAACGUGCUUCCGCUGCAUGAUCAGCCGGCUUUCCGCACGGAUUUGGUGCACCGCACCGUCUUUGUCUUUGGGCUUCACACCGUUGAGGAGUGCCGCGCGCUGCUGCAGCUGCUGCAGGAGAAGUGCGGCCCUGUUGCCGGCGCCUUCCGCACCGCCGACCUCACGCGUCAGAGCGACACCGCCUCCGCCGCGGCUUCGUCGUGGGGGGCGGGGGUGCGUGGCGGGGCGGGUGCUGUGAUUUGUGUGGCCUUCUACCGCGCCGACAGUGCCUGCAUGGCGAGGCGCCUUGACAACACCGCCCAGGUGUUCCAGAAGCGUUUCCUGGUGGAGGGCGCGGCGCGCUUCCAGCACCUCGCGAGCCUUUAUGAAUCCAUGUCUGUCUCCGCCGCCGCUGCCGCGCUUGCCGCCGCCGCCGUGGCCCCGCAGCAUGAGCGGCUCUGGCUGCUGCUCUUUUCCCCGACGGUCGGUGGGGCGACGGUGGACUGGCAGGCCGCCGCCGCCGCGGUGGGGCGUGGCGAGGCGCUCUUGCUGACAGCGGCCCCACCUUCCGCGGGGCGUGGCGGCGAGGAGGGCGGCGCCGGCGGCGUGGGGUUCCUCCUCCGCCGCGAUCACGCGAGUGGCGGCAGGCACCACACGCACCUCGGCUUUCGCCCCACCGCGGCGGUUCCGCAGCCGCGGCGAUUUGACUUUGCGACAGAACCGACGGCCCCCACAGCGUCGACGGCGCCCGCAGCUGCCACCUCCGCAAACCCCGCCGGCUGCACCGCGGAUGCGCUUGGCCGCUCCAACACCCUGCAGCAGCAGUACUACAGCACCCGCUACGAGUCGUCGGACGCUCCGCUUUUCUCCCUUGUCGCACGGCUCCCCUCACUGGUGCUGAGUCACAUGUUCCACCGGGGUUCUGAUGCGGCGGCCGAUGCGGGCGUCUCCUACGGGGAGGCGUACCUUCCUGCGCCGCUGCGGCAGCGCGUGGAGCGCGUCGAUGGCCGCCGCGGCGACGCAGCCACCGCAGCCUCCCCGGUGGCGGGCGGCGGUGGAGGCAGCGGCGUGGGUGACGAGGGUGCUCCGUUGGCGUCUGGCGAGCGGGCCGCAGGGGCGGCGUAUAUCCCCCGCAUGCGAUCCGUUGGCGACUACGUCGUCGCCACACUGCCGUUUGCCACCCACCUCCUCGCGCCGCUCUUCCGUGCCGGCGGCGAUGACGCGCCCCUCGACGACGGCCACCCCACCACGGGGAGUAGAGGCGACCUGAGCGGCGUGGGUGGGGCCGGCAGUGCUGGUGGCGGCAGCAGUGGCCUCGGCGGCGCCGCGGAGGGGCGUAGUGGCGGGGGCGCGGGGUUUUACGGGGGGCGACUGCCACGCACUACGGCGUUUGCGUCAGCGCGGCGCAAGCGCCCCCGCGACGUGCCCGGCUUCGUGGACGACACGGAGGCGGCGGCGGCGGCGGCGGUGGUCGCCGGCAACCCACUGCGUGGCCUCGGCGAGGGAUUUGUGUCGCUGCAGCCGGACACGUUGGCGGCCCUCUCCCCCGCCGCCACCCCCGCGACACCGCCGGCCGCCAACCUCGACGCGGCGGCCAGCAAUGAGGCGGUGCGGGCGUACGUGACGGCGCGCGUCCGCCUGCGUUCUCUGCCCCGCCCCCACGGCGACGCCCCGGCACCCGCGCCCGUGCCGUCCCCCCUCGCAGCACCGCCGCCGCCGCCGCCGGCAGGGUCCGUCUGGCAGGAGUUGACGUCACCGCGGGAGUGGGGCCGUCUGCUCCGCCGCGCCCGCGGCCUCUACGACCGUUUCUGCCGAGUGCCCGUCGGAGGGGAGGGGGGAUGA